CCUUGAUGUGGCAGUUCGCCCAUAAAACGUUUCACUCCCCUGGUAUAAGGACACACAACUUGAACAGGAGCUUGCCAGCUCUGGAAAAUCAGUGUUCCAUGUUCUUUGCUCCCACUGCUCCGUGACCUUCGACCUUCGACCAUUUUUUUAUAGGGAAAAACGAAAGAUUACGUAAAUAGUUUUUUGGCUUCAAUUUUGAGAGUUCCGAAAAAAUGUUCUUCGAAAAGCUUUUUGCAAAACUUCCUUCGGUCAAAGCCCAGGAAGAAGAGGAGCUGGUAGAUCCGCAGGACGUUUUGAGGGAGAAAUGCAGGGAUACUGAACACUGCAAACACUUAGCUGAAAAAUAUCAAGCCUGCAACGAUAGGGUCAACUCCAGAUCACAAACAACAGAAACUUGUGUAGAAGAACUUUUUGAUUUAUUGCAUGCUGUUGAUCACUGUGUUACCAAAGAUUUGAUGAGCAAAUUAAAGCACAGCCUGGAGCUUGUUCAACCUUUUUUGAGUGCAAGAAGGGGCCAAUACUGAUCUGCUAUAGUUUUUAAAGGUUAAAUUUGUGCUGAAUUAAAUGGGAC